AUGCCUCGGCGCCCGAAGAACAAGGCCCGUGCCCGGGAGAAACGCCGCGGUGAGGCUCAGGGUGUCGGGGGUGCUCCUGCUGCUGUAGCAGCAGCAGCAGAGGAGCCCCCCCGCGCUCCCCCGGGCUCCCCGGAGGAGGCGGGUCCAUCUUCACCACCCGAAGGUGGCCCGGCCCCUGGGUCUCCUGGCACAGGGUCCCCAGGCCUGCCAGGCGACCAGGGCGCCGAGAACCCGGCCGCGGCUGCGGCCCCGGCCGCCCCUCUGGCCAUUCGCAAAACGCCCCUGAUCCGCAAGGCCAGCAUGCUGGUGCAGUUCCUGCUGGAGAAGCACAGCUCCGGGGAGCCCCUGAUGCGCGUGGCGCUGCUGAAGAUCAUCGGCAGGAAGUACCGCGAGCACUUCCCCGAGAUCUUCAGGCUCACCUCCCAGCGCAUGGAGCUGGUCUUCGGGCUGGAGGUCCGGGAGGCCGACGACCGCGGCCAGUCCUACACGCUGGUCAGCAAGCUGGCCCAACCCGGCGAGGGCACCCUGGGCGGCGGCAGCAAGGGGCUGCCCAAGUCCGGCCUCCUGAUGGCGCUCCUGGGCGUGAUCUUCAUGAAGGGCAACCGCGCCAGCGAGGAGGAGGUCUGGGAGUUCCUCAACGUGCUGGGCGUGCAGGAGGGCAAGAGGCACCUGGUCUUCGGUGAGCCGCGCAAGCUCAUCACCCGAGACCUGGUGCGCCAGGGCUACCUGGAGUACCGCCCGGUGCCCGCCAGCGACCCUCUGCGCCACGAGUUCCUGUGGGGCCCGAAGGCCCGCGCGGAGACCAGCAAGAUGCAGGUGCUGCAGGUCAUGGCCAAGAUCAACGACACGGUGCCCAGCUCUUACCCCCAGCUGUACGAGGAGGCUCUGCUAGACGAGGAGGAGCGCGUGGGGGCCAGACCCCAGGCCAGGGGGUCUGCCGCGAAGGGGGCCCGUAGCAGGCGCCGCGUCUAG